AUGGCAGCCCUAGCCAGCGCACUCGGCCUUGGCCUCGGAACCGGUGCCGGCACCGGCACCUCACUGCUCUCGACACCAGCACACAACCACGCAGCCGGCCUCCUCGGCUUCCACUUCGUCUGGGCGUACGUCGUCCUCGCGCCGCGGACACUGAAACAGAUCCACGGGAUCGACCACCAGGCGUCGCCGCGGUACGACAUAACACUAUACGGCGCGGGGGCCGUACAGGCGGGAACCCUCACACAGGCACAGCUCGAGAUGAUCCAGCGCUGCGACUCGGCGCACUACAACUCGGUCGAGAACUACGCGCUGCUAGUAGGCGCUUUAGGACUUGCCUCGCUCGCGCGCGUCGACGCGCGGGCCGUCAACCGUGCCGGGCUGGUGUACACGGCUGCGCGCGUGGCCUACGGGUUUGUCUACGUGCUUAUCGACCACCCGCGCUGGUCGAUCAGUCGUGGUGUGUUGUGGUGGAUUGGUAACGGCAGCUGCUUGUUCCUGCUGUGGAAGGCGUCGGAGAAAUUGGGCGUGGGCGGGUGA